CAAACACAAAUUCAUUCUUCCACAAUCAUCAAAGCCAUUUUGGCAACUGGAAGAUGAAACAAGCAACCCUUUUCUCCUUCUUCUCACUCUUGCUACUCCUUUCAUCCACCACCUUGGCAAUUUCACCAGCAGCAGCCCCUAAAGCCCCAGGAAAAACUCCCCCUACCCCAAAGGCUGCAGCACCAUCACCAAAACCAUUAGUCCCAACAUUACCUCAGUCUCCAGACUCUUCAGACUCGGUCCCAGAUGACAUCACCAGAAUCCUCAAAAAGGCCAAAACGUUCUCAGUCCUAAUCCGGCUCCUCAAAACCACCGAAAUCAUGAACAACAUAAACUCACAGCUCAUAACAGCCAAGAGUGGAGGUAUAACCAUCCUUGCACCAGAUGAUUCUGCCUUUUCCAACCUCAAAGCAGGCUUCCUCAACUCUUUAAACGAAGGCCAGAAAAUAGAACUUGUGCAGUUCCACAUAUUGCCAGAAUUUGUGUCCAGCUCUAACUUCGAUUCUCUAAGCAACCCUGUGCAGACAGUGGCUGGCAAAGACCCUGCAAGGCUUCCACUGAACGUGAAUGCAUUAGGUAACAGUGUCAACAUUUCAACUGGGGUUGUCAAUGCCACAGUUCUGGGGGUAGUCUACUCGGAUAAUAAACUUGGCAUAUAUCACGUGGACAAGGUCCUUCUUCCUCUAGAUUUCUUUCUAACCAAUAAGGCUCCAGCUUUGGCUCCUACAGCUCUUGCAAAGGCUCCCAAAGCUGCUAAGGAUAACUCUUCUGAAGAUGAUCAAGAAGAAGCAAAGCAGGACCAGAACAAAUCUGGGGCAGUGAGUUUGGUUAGCAUUCGUGGAACAAUGUUGAUGUCGCUUGGCAUGGCUUUGGUGGCAUUGGCAACCAUGUGGAGUUGAUCCAUUUGACCGAAGCACUUUCGGUUUAAUUUCUUUGUCAGACACUUGGAUGUUAAUUUUUCUUUCUUUUUGUUCAAGUUUUGCCAUCUGUUUCUGGUUUCUUGUGUGCCGGUGUUAUUAUGAAAAGGACGUGAAAACUUUCAAUGAUUAAGAAUAUCUUGCAAUC